UUUACGCUGGGUUUCCACAGGGCAGCGUAAUAAAUAAAGCCGAGCAGCAUCCAGUCGGCGGCGGGGUUAACGCAGAGACAGACGCCGCUGAAUAGAUGCAACAUGGCGGAGAAAGGCAGCGAGCAGCCGCGGUCCACCCGGUGGUGUUUCCCAGCACCGCAGUAGAACUGUUCUGUGUUGGCGUGGACGGACUAAAGUAGUGUCCGGUCCCUCGGCUACGAGUUCGCUUUGCCCACUUUUAGGAGGAAAAAACAUGUGAAAAUGAGCCGCGAGUGAGGAAUUCAAGAUGAGCCGACACGCAACAGACGUACCGGAGUGUGCCCCCUCCCCGCCGCUGCCUGCUGAUCAUGUGCUCAACUCUGCAGCCGUGUUAUUCCCUGGUGCUUUUGAUCAACAUGGCUGCCCUUUGAUCGUGUUCCCAGCAGAUGAACAAGCCAAACUCUCAGAACUCAGCAAAGCAGAAGUGGCGGGCUUCAUAAAUUACUUUCUGUGUCUGCACAAUAAGAAGCAGGAGAAGGAGGGUUUGAUGUCGGUGGUGGCUGAUCUGAGGCACGCCUCGCUCCCUACAACCAGGUUCAUCGCCGAGACUCUGCUUGAGCUUGAGCUAAACAAGCGGACCGUCCACAGUGUGUACAUAGUUCAGCCCAAAAAGAAGGAGGUUGCCAAGAUGUUGCUCAAACUCCUGGCCCCGUCAAGGUCUCACUCUGCCUCUUUCAAGAAAGUCCUUCUAAAAGAAACCUCGGAGCUCUCCAACUACAUUGACCGAAGCCAGCUAACGGCAGCUUUGGGCGGCUACCUUAUUUACUGUCAUCAGAGUUGGGUGGCCUUCAUCAAGGAGAUCGAUGACUUUGUCCAGGAGUUCCUGUCUGUGGUCCAGCGGCUGCCCUCGUGUAUCUCCAGCCUCAAGUCUCUGUCCCGGCUGCCACUGCCCUCCACCUUCAGCGAGCUCCGACACUUCUGCUCCACCAACGAGGCAAAGUUCCAGAAGCUCAGGAGGGAGCUGGGGCUGGAUGAACUGCUGAGGCACUGUGAGAGUGUGGUGGAGAAGCUGCGUUACCCUGAGAAGGAGCCGUGCUACCAGGCGAUGGCUGGCACUGCCCUCUUCACCCACACCGCCUUCGACAUGCUCCAGAACCACAGCAGGAUAACUGCAGCAGUGGAAAAAGUGGAGCUGCUGUGGCAGCAGGCCUUUUCUAAGGCCCGUCUCCAGCUGCAGGUGUUCCAGCUGCGAGAGGACGCACUGCAGAUCACAGAGCAGAUCAAAACUCUUCUUGAAGAGAAACUCCAGCCUUACAAAAUGGAGAUCGCCAAGGAUGCUGCAAAGGCAGUGAUGUUGGUGUCCCAAUUUGAGGCCUCCAUUCACACUCAUGCCAUGGCUCUUAUUCGCUGUGCUGAAGAUGUGAUCCACACAGUAUCAGAGAUCCUGCUGUUUGAGGGUCAGACCAUGGAGCGCUGGGUGUUGGAUCUGGAAAGGCUGAAGGAGAAACUCCACUCUGCUGUGCACUUCAUUCUCCGAACACUCAGGGCAGUUUCCAGCUACCAUCAUUACUACAGCAAGGCCCACAGCUGGUACAGGCUGGUCCUCUGUGAGAACUUCCUCCAGGAACUUCUGUCAGGGGUUAACGGAGACAACGUUCCCAUACAGGGCAGGAACUGGGGGAAGAUCCCUGCGUGGAGGUACAAAAUGUCCGCUUUUCUGAAGAAGAAUCCCCCUCCAGAUAUGGAGGAGCUGGUUCAUCUGGCUCAUCUGUCUCACGCCAUCCUAGAUGGCGAUAUCCAGGAGGCGGGCAAGCAAAUGUCUCAGCGGUGCAUGACUUUGAGGAAACUUCUAAUUUCUUCGGGACCUGUGGCUGUCGGUCACCUCCAGCUGGCCUUACAGUGGCAGUAUGAGUUGUUGCGGAGCAGCCAUGUCAAUCAUUCCUCUGCUGGCAGUGCUGCAAACGGAGCAGCUAAGGAUGUUCAAGACCUCGCUAAAUGUGAAAGUGCUAAGGAAGCAGCCCAUCCUCUAGGAACGUCUCCGUUGAAUGCGGUUACCGGGAUGAUGUCGGCUGAGUGCAAACCCCCCUCCUUCAGCUCAUUCGACUCAGGCUUCGAUGGAGCUGGGGGCAGCCAGCUGGAGGCCUGGGGAGGGAGGGAAGGAGCGGAAGGUCCUCUGACCAGGGACUCUGUAAGGCCUGCCACAAGCCAGCCUCAAAUGGACAAUCUCUCAGAUUGUGAAGAUCACAGAGAGGAGUUUGGCUCUGUAGGAAACUCCUCCAGGGCUAGCAUCCAGCUCAUCCCUAAAGUAACCGUGGAUUCUCUAAAUCUAGAGAUCAAAGUGAAGCGUUCAGCCGCGCUACCCUGUAAUCCUUGGCUUAGCUUGCCGGUAGACGAUCUGGAAAACACGUACACUGUUACCAUCACGCAGAACCAAACGCCGCAAAAGAGAGACGUACAAUUCCACGACCCCUCUGACCCCAACCAGUCCAGCUGGUCUCGAGAUCAGCCCACACAGACGGAAGUGUUGAGCAGCACACAGCCCAGAGGGCCACGGACACUACAUCAACAAAGCACUUUGGAGGAUCCUCAACUAAGUCCCAUUUGCAACAUCCUCUCCAGCACUAUUACAGAUGAAAGAGAAAAGUCCAUCUGCACCACAGAAGAGAUUCCCACUCUUCUCUGGGAUUCUUAUGACCUCCAUGACCAGAAUCCGGAUGCGGUCGAUGGUGUGAUCGAUAUUUCCCUAAAUGAUUGGGAUGUGAAAGAGCAGGAGGAUUUGAGGGAAGUGGAAAAGAUCCUGGACAGGGCUGAUAAAAUACUAGAGAAAGAAGAAACUGUUCUGGCUCAGGAGGCUGUGCUGGAUGCCCUGCUGAGGUCUGAGGACCAGCAGAAUCGGUGGCCGCUGUGGGACAGUGAGGACCAUCUCUGUGUGAUGUCCUCUAGUGAGCUGGCUGAAGCCGGCGUUCUCGGCCUCGAGGAUUACCUUGACCCUGCAGAAUCUGACAACCUCAGUGAGCCCAGGUCAACUGGAUCUGCGAGUGAACCUAAGGCUUCUGAAGAUGACGGGCACUGCGCUGAAGCUGCCACAGGAGCAGAAACGGUAGCGUUUCACAGCUGGCCGGACCUGCUGACGGAGCUUAGAAAAGUCCAUGUCCUGGAUGAACUGAUCGUGGAGGAGAACCUGAAGAUCCACCAGCUCCGACGCUGCGAAGAAAACCCCGAAGAAGCGCUCUCUGUGAGCAAACCUCCGGAUACGAACGGACCGUCGAGUAUGAGCAAAGAGAGGGAGGCUUUUCGGUUACAACUGGAGAAGGAGAAAAGGGAGGUGGAGAAGCUUGAGGAGAGUUUGAACAAAGAGCGUAAAGUGAAGAAGCACAAGGACGCAGCUAGAAAGGUUGUAAAAUGUUCAAUAAUGGAGAAGGCUAGAAGUGAGAAUAAGAAGGACCAAGCCCUCUGUGAUGAGCUUUUAUCAGGUAGUCAUAACAGAUCACAGAGAACACACUCAACAUCUUUGGUCCUGAAUGAUUCUCAGGCUCAGGAUACUUGUAAAACUGAACAUAUAAAAGUAUUGGGUCCUGAUACCAAAGAGGCUACGCCGCAAGACUUGGUUCAACUUCCAGAUUCCCAAUGUCAAGGUGAUUGCUCUGGAGCUGAGCCAUCAGUGUUGAAUAGAGCUACCUUUAAUAUUGCCUCUGAUUUAAAGGAUCCUUCUGAAGAGUUGGGGAUCCAACCUCAGGGAUGCAUCCAUGGGAAACAAUUGGACGAAUCUGGUGAAAAUGCUUCUUCUUUAACCUCUGAAAUGAGGCCAGAAGACGGAGUCUUUGACCCAGGCAGAAAAUUGCACCUUCCUCCUGCGCUCAAGCCAAGAAAGGCUUCGCUUCCUGUGAAUGACAACCUCGCUGAACACAAGUCUCCUGAUGCCGCAGAGCUGCAGGAUCCAGCUUGGCCCUCAGUUGCUCAAGAUCCGGGUUUUGUGCAACAUGAUCUUGAAGAUAAACCACUUGACGCGCUGCCAGAGAAUGUGAAUGCAGCCGUCAGUCACACCUUGGAUGUCAAUCCAAAUGUGAAGGAACGCAGCAGCAGCAGCAACAACAACAACCAUGCACUUACCGAGAAAUACAAUGAAAUAAGCACUAAAGAUGAAGAUGAUACACCUGUGGUAGCUGCUGGUUUGCUACAGACACAUUUAGACCCGGCAAAGGGAUUCCAGACUGAAUCUCCUGCAGAUGAGCACCCACAUCAGCAGGCAGCACCCAAGCCGUGUCCUGACCAGCCUCUGGAGUUUGACCCCGGGGGCACAGAUGAGCAGAAUGAAGACUUGCCUGAUGGUGUUCAGAGCUCUGAGGCCAUGAGGAUAUCCGGCUCUGGGUCACCUGGGAUUCAGGCCCAGCUUAACAUCAACAUGAGAGAGAUGACAGAUUUCAAGACCCCUAUAGUACUGGAUACGGGCUCUGGUUUGAUGAAAGCUGGAUUUGCAGAUCAAGACCUCCCAAACGUUAUAUUCCCAACAAUUAUCGGGAUGCCAAAAUACGAGGAAAUAAUGAAUGGUAACCUUGAAAGGGAGACCUACAUUGGACAUGAGGCUCAACACAUGAGAGGGGUCCUGGCUCUGAAGCAUCCCAUAAAGAAUGGGAUCAUUCGUAACUGGGACGAAAUGGAAAAGAUUUGGCAUCACACGUUCCAGCAGCUGUGUGUGGAUCCAGACGAUCACCCUGUUCUGCUGACCGAGGCAGCCAUGAACCCCUUGGCGAACCGCCAGCGCAUGGUGGAGAUCAUGUUUGAGUGUUUCAAUGUUCCCUUCACCUACGUGGCCAUGCAGGCAGUGCUGGCUCUUUACGCAGCAGGGAGAACCACUGGUGUGGUGUUUGACUCUGGAGACGGAGUGAGCCACAGUGUGCCUGUGUUUGAGGGAUACAGUCUACCUCAUGCAGUGCAGCGCUUCCCUCUGGCUGGUGUUGAUGUUACAAUGCAUCUCAAAAAGCUUAUGCAGGAACAAGGGGUGUGCAUGCGCACCACGGCGGAGAUGGAGAUAGUGAGGGAGAUGAAGGAGAAGUGCUGCUUCGUGGCUGUCGACCACAAAGCCGAGCUGAGUCCUGGGGGGGCGUCCUGCAGAGAGAUGCAUUACACCAUGCCAGACGGGCAGAUUGUCACACUCUGCACGGAGAGGUUCAGGGCCCCUGAGAUUCUCUUUAAACCCGAGCUGAUUGGACGGGACCAUUACGGGAUGCACGAGAGCGUCUUCAAGUCAAUCCUCAGCUCUGACAUUGACCUGCGACGCUGCUUCCUGGGAAAUAUCGUACUGUCAGGUGGGAACACUCUGCUGCCUGGCCUGCCUGAGCGGCUCCAGGCUGAAAUCAAAGCCCUGCUCCCCACCGCCAUGGGUGAGAACGUUCGCGUCACCAGCCCAAAGGACAGAGACUUCUCAGUGUGGAGGGGCGGAGCAGUGCUAGCCAAGCUGGCCACCUUCAGCUCGGCUUGGAUCAGUCUGGAGGAAUACGAAGAGCACGGGCCACAGAUCGUCUUCAGGAAGUGCUUCUGAGACGGGACCCCUGUAAGGCUUGCACACUGGAAACCUGUGUAAUGCACCACUUAUUUUAAUUUCCACAAGUGCAAUAUAAAUCCUGCUCUAAUACAGUGCCAUGGGUUGGGUUGAGCCAUUAUAAAUCCUUUUGAAUAUUUGUCUUAUGUCUUGGCUUUUCUGUGGAGUGAGUUUCACCCUCGUCAUCAGUGUGGAUCCUGAGUUGUGUGCUCUUAAUAGACACCAGUGGGUUCCUGUUGACCUGCUGCCCGCUUUAUGCCUCAUCUACUGAGAUCCACCAACAUGGCAUGGAUGAAAUAGGGUGUUUCUCAUAAAAUUUCUGUCCGUUUCUGUGUCUUAAGUUUUCCAUUUUUGGGGAAUGUAUUUCUGUGUCUCAAGAAUUUAAGCGCGAUUAUAUUAAUGUUUGUGGACAAGGGACUAGAAUUGAAGCUGGCCUUUGAUCGAUGUCUGCCAACUUUGUUUCCAGGUUAAGCAAUUGAGGGACAUAAAGAGAACUCAAUGUGCUGACUCCAGAUAUAUAAAUAUAGUAAUCUAAUAUCAAAUUAUGGUGUGUAUGUAUACCACAAUUUUUUAAGUAUACUUGGUAUAAGAAAUAAUCUGUGUUAGACAUGGUGAAAGUUGCAUUUUAUUUUGAAAUUUGGAUCAGUUCAGCUGUGCAGUGUUCACAACUUUUUUUUUUUUAUAAUGGCAGCGUGAAAUUAUCUUAAUGAUUGAUUAUUAGGGCCACUGUUAAGAAAAGAAAUAGUUGGUGUCAUAACAUUCCAACUUUUUUCUCCAAGUCUUUACAUAUCAUGUUUAAACUUUUUUCCUCGUAAUUUUUUUGUCAUAACAUUACAAUUUUCUUUUCAAAAUAUUUUUAGAAUUUGCAUUGUAAAUUUGGACUUUUGGCCAAGAAUUCUAUUACAAUUGUUUUUGUCAUAACCUUUUAUAUGCAAUAAUGAUGGCAGAAUGUCAACUUUAUUCUCCAAAUUAAGCACUAAAUGUGGAGACCAGCAAUUUACCUUAAAGGAAUGUGCAAUGUUUUGACACUAAAUGUAUAUGUUAGGACUAAGAAACUCUAUUCUAUCUGGAGUAUUUUACAGAAGAUAAUUGUUUAUGAAUGUUGAUUGCUGCAGUAAUGUGAACUAGAGAGGAGAACUUGUGAAUUUGUGGGACAAGUUUGCAUUCUAGAAAGUAACUGUUAUUUUCGCACAUGUUGAUCCUCCACUAAAGUCAACUUUUGGUUCGUGAAGCUCUGUAUGGAGCUGGUAAUGAUGAAGUCCAUGGAGAGUACAAUAUUACAGUAUUGGUCUGGUAAUGCCUAUCACUUGAUUUCCAUCUGUUGAAUAAGCAGAGGAUGUUAAAUGCUACUGUGCCACAGUGUUUGUGUAUUGUCUAAAGUU